GCUGCCCCGCACCUCAGCCUUACUUGAGCAUAUGAACAUCUCGCCUCCCCCAGCCGGAUCAUCACGACUUCGCGCUUGCCUAAGCACAAUGCACAAUGGCUGAGCUACUCCUAGCCUCAGUUGCUGCCCCUGUCACAGUGUAUCAGAUAGGGCAAACACUCCUCCAAGUCUCUGAUCUGGUUCGCGAGAUACGCCAUGCCCCAAGCGCGAUACAGUACUUCCAACUCGAGACCGCGGCUUUGAGCAAGCUCCUGAAUUUCUUCCACGAUGUUGCCAAGAACUCGAUCCAGCAUCUCGAGGAGAGCCGCCAGAAGGAACGACAGGGCCUCAUCGACUUGAUCGUCAAGCAAUUCAAUGUCGCGACCAUGCAAACAAAAAGUGUAAUGCAACAAAUAGUGGGAGCUCGCAAUUCAGAUUCAGACGACAUUGGGCGUGAGCUACUCACACGGGUGAGGUGGUUGAUCCACAAAAACAAGGUGACAGCUAUCCGGAUGAUGCUCGAGAGCCUGAAAUCACAGGCACAGUUGUGUUUGUCGACACUCAUGUGCGAAGAUCUCAACCGAAGGAUCUCCGAACUUAAGAGAGCACAUGAGACAGUCCCGGACGACUUGGGAGCGAGACUGGACUACUUGGUCAGGCUUAUCAAGAUCGAAAAGGACGAGGCAAGAGAGGCAAUCCGAAAAGUAAAAGGCUUCGAGCACCGACAUCAAAACGCACAGAUUUACGAUCAAGUAAAGAAACUGGAACGAAUAAUGAAGUACGUUGAAAAAGCAGCCGCCAAUGCGGUUCCAAGAUACGCCCGGCCCAAGCGAAGAAGGAAUAAGCCGCGCCGUCAGAGCAGCCACCAGUCUUCUCGUCUCAGAGAUACUCGUUCAGAUCCUACUCCACCACUUCAUCAACUUGAUGAGCAUCAAGAGCAGACUUCUCGCAGAGCCGGGACCCGUCGCUCUCAAAACUCGCGUCCAAGCACUGCGCCCGAUAACACUGGAGUCGCGCCGCAUCCUCGUCCGCCGCCCCGACCGAAGAGACAAGACUCUCCGGAAGGAACGGCAAUAUCCAGAGUGACCGGGCCAAGGAUCAGAGACGAUGGUCACACGGUACGCGUAGAAGUGGGAGAGUGGCCUCUUUCAGCUCAUGAAAAUCUGGGGUCUGAACAGGCGGCAUCGUCGAGACGGAAUGAUGGCUCUAGGCGGGGUGACGAUGGGAAUGUACGGUCACCAACACAGGAUCUAGACGAGCUGCCGCCAUCAACGGAGCACGGCAAUGAUCGUGAUGAUCGUGAGGCUAGCCCUGGUGUGGGAACCCGGGAUGAACAUGAAGCUGGGCCAUCUGGACCAGGAGUAGCCCGGGGUGAGCAAUCACAGAACAAUGGAUGGAGACCCGUGCCGCCGCUUGAAGGAGAGGACCGGAGACCACGCCAGUGGCGGCCACGGUCAUCCAGGGAGGAUAAGAAGCCGGACCCAUAAUGCUCGAGGUCGUGCGCUGAGAGAAGAAGGGAGAUGCAGCAGGAAGAAGUCAGAAGAACAGUAACCGCUAAUACGCAACCUAUUUUUAUAUGAUGAUGUUGAGAGCUUGGAGAAGUUGAUUCCGCCAAAGUGGCCACCAGUUUAUGUGAAAACUCGACAAAGCUAAUGUCUAAAAACAAGGACGGCACAAGGUGUCCCCUUUGAUCUCGCAGCAGCGAUUUGCUCUCCCCCCCCCCCCACACCCCCUAACCAAAUUAGCCAAUCAAGUUGAUGGAGGCUUCUGCCCAUAAACAACACGCCUGUACUUUAGUGUUAGCUGAUUAGAUAUUCCGCGAACGGAGCAGCGGGAUGAAACCCACAGAUAGAUGUACGAGUGAACAUCGGGGUUGCGGAGCUCUUUGCGCACUUCGGCCAAGAAUUGCUGCGCGUCGUCGUACCGCCACUAUAAAACAGGUACCGUUAGUGAAAUCUGGUC